GCCGGCUUUCCCACCACUCAUCGCCUCUGACAUGAUCAAACAUGUUUAAUACCCUAAUUACAGUGAUCGUGGCUCUAUGCCUAUCUGUGUCGUUUACAGGAGUAUUCGCUACGCAACCGGGGGUUGGCGCUCAAGAUGCCCCAAACGGAGGUGGGCAAAAGAAACCGCUGAGCCAGUAUACACGAGACAUACACGACCAGUGUCAAAAUAUUCAGAUACUCCCGUUGAGAAACAUACAGAAUAUUCCACCAGCACCAGGCAGGCCUGAGGAUAGAUUUGCACUAGAACAUAGUGAAAUCAAUGUGACAGACGUCCAACCACAGCCACCCCCUCCAGCAAGGCUAGUGGCAAGCUGUGGAUCCCCCAGUCGACGACGCAGGACGGAGCUACGCUUAGAUAACUGUCUGGGUUGGGAUGCAGCGGGUGAAAGACUUAUCGCACAACCGAAGUAUAACCAUUCCCGUCCAUUCGCGGUGCACAGCGGAUAUUGACAACUGUAGUGGGUACGGACUGCAAAGAGGUGGCUGCUGGGGUUGUAAAUAUUUCCCAAUCUCCAGGGCGAAAUUCCGCGUCGUAUGUUUUUGUGACAAUGUGACCCAAGGUCUCAUGACGGUUAUCCCCGGGAUUGAUAGGAUGGCGGCUGGGAAGACCUUCGCUCAAGGU